UUGUGUCCGGCUCGCACUUGCAAAGUAACAGGCAAAAUGAACGCGUCGCACGCGCUUCGAUUUUCUUGUAUCUUCACGUUAUUUCUUCUAUCUCUAACAUAUUGCUCGGUUUCGGGACUCGAUAGUUCACAAAAGGAUGAUAACGUGAAAAAGGUUCAAGUGUACGAUGGUGUAUAUGUCUCAGUGCCAAAAGGGAAUGACACGGAUAAACUGGUCUCAUUCGAAAUUCAAACAAAAGAUGAUUCGGAGUUGGAAACAGGUCGUGGAAAGAAGAUUAAAUCGAAAAAGCUAUUGGAAAAGCUGCUGCCGAUGUUCAUCAUGCCGUUUUUAAUACAAUCAGCUAUAGUUCCGUUCUUUUUAAGUAUGCUUAAGUUCAUGUUGUUCAAGAGUCUAAUGGUUGGAAAGCUAGCCAUAGGUCUUAUAUUGCUGAAUGCAUUUAAGAACAGCAAUUCGUUUAAAGGCAGGGAUGCUGAAAUAGCGAAUGUACAUUAUGGUUACCAUGGUAACAGUAUGCACGAGUAUGGAGCUUACAUUAAUUAAAUUUAUAUAGUUGCAAUAGAUAUAAAUAAUAACAUCCCAAAGUCAUUUUAGUAAUAGUUAUUUAUUUUGUUAAUUUUAAAUUAUCUUAUGUAAAAGUAAUUUGGGGGAAAGCUAAUAUUUGAAUAGAUGUGGGAAAAAUCCAAUAUCUAUCGUAAAACUGGAAUACGUAAAAUUUAAUUUUGGAAAUUUUUGUUAUGAGAACAACAACAAAGUCUACGUUAUUGAGUAACCCAAAUUCAAUAUUCAUGGAAAAUUAUUAGAUUUAAGUUGGAAACAUUUUGUGUAUAUUAGUAAGUACUUACAAGUGUUUAACGAAAAAAAAUGUGGAUAUAACUAGAAUAAUGAGGAAAACGAAUAAUUUUGAUUAAUAUUUAUUGCUUAGUUUUUUAUUCUAUUUCUAAGUACAUAGAUCCAAUCUCAUCUCUAUGUAAUAAAUCUCUCAAAAAAGAUCUUGUAAGAUAUAAAUAGUUGUACAAUUUCAGAUGCUUCAAAUAAAAAAAAGGUUUGGUACAAAUUUUACAAACUUCAAAGGAUUUCACAUUGUAUUAUUAUUUUAUAAAAUCUAAUGUAAACGAGGAAACUUUUCUUUAUUGUAUUCGGUACUGAGAAUCUUUGCAUUUAUUACUUUUCUUCCUAUAACUUAGUUACUGUAUAAAUAUGAACUUUCUUAAUGUAUAUGUUAAGUCACUUUAGCUACCAAAUCGAGUCAAUACUAUUA